CGUGCGCACACAAUAAAUACAACACCGAAACGCCUCCUACUACCAAUGAUCCACCAAAGUCACGCGAUUUUUUUUAUUUACCGAUUAUUAAUAUUUUUUUUUUAUUGACAACGAUCGACUACAUUCAAUAUCAUAUUUUUUACCUGUACGUUGUGCCACAUUUUCGAUUGGUCAGAGAGGGGUGUUUUUUUUUUUUGUUCACGCGAUUCCGUUUCGUUUUGAAUAUAUAUCGUUCGGDGCAGUGACUCUCGGAGCCGUAACGGACCAACCGCUGUGCAGUUGCGCGGUCUCCGAUAGUAAAAUAUAAUUAUAACGUCCGUCCGAGACGCAAGUCGCUUGUUUCUUAAUAUUAUUUAUUUAUAAUAAUAAAUAAAAUUUGCGCGGGCGACGGCAAACUAUUGCAAUAUUAUACACACACUAAACCGGUUGUUGACCUCUGGCGAGGGCGCGCGGUGGUAGCGGUGGCGGCGGUGGUAGCACCGUCGACAGCAGACGCGCCGCCGACCGGGUCACAUCUUCUCGGACCGCCUCCGCUGCCUUUACCGCUUCCACCGCCCCAGAUGUCGUUGGACUCGGUCGCCACCGCCGGGACAGCCACCGACGACGUCCGCCACUACCGGCACCACCACCGUCACCAUCAUCACCAUCACCUUCAUCACCACGGCAAGCGUCACAGGCGACCACCACCUCCGCCGUUGUCGUGGAUACCGCCGCCCGAGACUUUAGACUCGGCGGCGGUGACCACAAGCGAUACAUCGGAUGUUGCGGCCACCACCGCAUACCAUCAUCCGGUCAAGUGGACGUCAGUGCAAUGUUUACAUUCCGCCCAUCUGGCCAUCUAGGUCUAUGUUAUAUUAUAAUUUCGAUGAAAUUCCAUCAAUAAACAAUCUAUAGUCUAUUAUUACAUCACAAUACAAAAAUUCUUCCAAUUACAAGUGUU